CAGGCCGAGAGCCAUAGCUCGUCUUUCCGCUCGCCGUUUUGCGUCCCUCGAAACUUACACCACAAGUUUGCUAUCCUUUUCUCGGCUUAAAAUAGGCUUACCGAGGUGUAUAACGAAUGGUAAUACUCAAAAGGAUCCUCGAGCCAUAGUAAAGAGAUAUCAAAGAGAUAUGAAUGGUUUUAAAAGCGUCGGAGCAAGGGUUUUUGGCGUAGACGAAGCGACUGGGCAAAGGAGAUUCCCCUGAUAUUGCAACUGGUUGAAAAUGUCCAACAACCAAGAUGAGCCCCAUUCCGUGGGUUCCCCUAAGCCGGUGGUAAUGGGGAUGCCGUUUCCGUUGGGGCAGUUUUUCCCCUUUGUACCUAUGGUCAUGCCAAUUAUGCCCAAAAAUGUGUUCCGGGGCCAUACGCCAUUAUCUAUGCCAGAAUUUGGUGCUGCAAACUUUGGAACACCAAGCACUUGCAUCGAUCAUACUGCAGGAUCAACAACCAUAAUUGAUUUAAAGACUACAUCUAGUACAGCAGGAUUUGCUGAACCUGUGGUUGAGGAGCUGGGGAAUAAAAAAAUAGAGCAAUCUCAAAAUAUAUCAGGAAUUGAAAACCAAAUGGGAAGAAAUUCGGAAAACAAGUUCAUGUCAGGUUUAUUUCUGCCUCCUGCAUUUCUUGUGCCAUUCAGUGGGUUUAUGGGGAUGGUUCCAUAUUUUCCGUAUCCUGCACCAAACAUGUUAAGACGGGUGAUGGGUGAUGUGGAACAACAAAGAAUUGAUUGGGAAAGCCCAAAGGCAAAAGAACCAUCUGAAAGAGUGGAAUCUGGUAGCUCUUCCGCUGAGAUGGAUGUUGCACAAAUUCUUAUCAAUAUGUGUAAUCCUUCCAUCAAUGCUGUAGCAGUAACGGCUAAAAGAUGUACUGUCAUGGAAGAGGAAGAAAAUACAAGAUCAGAGCUGCUUAACCAUAGUAAUGACGGAGAUAUACCAAAUGCAUUUAAGUCAAAUAAUGAGUUGCCCCAUAUGGCUGCAAACAAAGAGAAGGAAAACAAUGUGGAUCAUAUAAAGAGUGGUUUUGCAUCUUGUGAUAGUGUUGGUGAUAGUCAACAUUCUCAGAGCGUCAAACAGGCUCAAAUGAGUCCUUCAAAUGAAAAAGAGGAAUGUGACGAAAUAGAAUUACAUCCUACAAGUACAAGAUUGUCAGAAAAUGAAGAGAUGAAUGACAGUAAUACCCCCCAAAGUACUGAAUUUACAAAUCUCAAAAAGCCUUGUUCAGAUGAGCUCAGGACAGGAGAAAUAGCUCCAGGAUUUCAUGAAAGUGCUGUUGAAUUACCUGCCUUAGAAGUAGCUAAAACAACAUCUAACUCAAUUGUUACAGUUGAGGCAAAAGUUCAACAUGUGAGUGAAGCUCCAAGAGUUGCGUCAGUGGAAAAUAGUCUUAGUGCAGGAGUCGAACCUCAGAGGCUAUGUAAGGUAGAAAAAAGUGUGACACAAGUUACUUCUACAAAUGUUAAAGAUGGCCCUAGCAGAAAUGAGAGCAUAGUUAGGAGUGACGUCCAAGUGCCCACCUCAAAUGUCCAAAUAACAAUGACUUCUAGCCAGGCUCUGCCUAUUAAAGCUGUUCCUCAGAGCAUUGCAUCAAGUGGAACUAAGGUCAACACAUCCAGCAUUAUAAGACAGCACAAUGACAAGAAUAAUAGACCACCACAGAAGGUUUAUAUUAUGAGAUCAUCAUUAGAUAAAUUACCAAAUCUAGCCACUGCAAGCCAACCAGUUCUCCUUAAAAUAAUCCCAGCUCCAAAAACCAUAGCACCCAGCUCAACAGAUGUUACUAUGGUUACCCAGAUGGAGACUUCAAAUGGCACCGGAAAUGCCAGUAAAAGUUGUGAAAGUUCCUAUAGGUAUGAAUCAGAAGAGGGGAUUGGAAAAGACAAAGAAAAAACUACAGACUCAGAUAAUAAAAUGUCCUACAAGUGUGAGGUUUGCUCACAACUUUUCCGUAGCCCUCUUGGCCUCCAGAAGCACCUUGAGUUUCACACUGAUGAUGGUCAACACUACAUGUGUACAGUGUGUUUCAUGCGGUUCCGCGACAUAUCUGCAUUGGAUGCACACCAUCUGACACACAUGAAGAAGCGGCCUCAUAAGUGUUCUUACUGUCCUAAAGCUUUCCGAGAUCCAGGCUCGUUGCAGAAACACAUUCGUGUUCACACUGGUGAGAAACCUUACAAGUGUGACAGCUGCAACAGGUCUUUUGCUGAGUACAGCUCUUUAAGAAAACAUCAGCGUGUGCAUACUGGUGAACAGCCAUAUCGGUGCCCUCACUGCAACAAGGGCUUCAGUAUUUCUGGCAAUCUACAAAGGCACAUACUUAUUCACACAGGGGAAAGGCCAUAUAAGUGCAACUUUUGUACCAAGGCCUUCAACAACCCUAGUCAUCUAAGGAGGCAUGUGACUAACUUACACUUCAAAGCUGGAGAUGCAGAGGUUGAUGAUGCUAUGAUAAGUCACUAUGGCAACCAGACUGGAAACUCUCCUAGAUCUGUCGGGGGAGGGGAGUGGAGUGAAGGUGACCAAGAGGAGGAAAUGGAACAAGAUGGGAAUACAAAGGAAAUACCUCCUCUUGACGCAAGGCUGCAUCAACAAGUAAAAGUAGAGAUAAAAGACUAAGAUAAGGGAAUGGUCCCUGAAAGCUAUCAAAAUCUCAGUCUCAGAUUUUAUGAAGAUGGAAUUUCUCGGUCUUGAUCUUCAAUUUUCAAACCCUGCAUCUUUUGGUCUCACAAAAUAUUGACAUUUCACUACCAUCCUUUAUAGUAAAUGUAGAUGCUAUUGUAAGCAUCAUAAUUAUGAUGAUAACUGAUAUUUAUUGAGGUCUUUAUAGCAUUAUGGUUGCAAAUUAUAUUUUCUAAUCUAUUUAAGUCCUUUUAUAUUAAUGGUUUAAGUAAUGUACUUUGUGUAUAUAAUAGAACAAAUGAUAGAAGUUUUUUCUCUUUUAUUUUCUAACAAAAAAUAAAAUAUGCAGAAUGUCUUUUAGUUUAAUAUCAAUUUUUGCUCUCCUUAAUUCAAUUUUUUUCUAGAAAUCUGGUCUACAUAAAAACAAAGAUCAGAUUUUUUCAUAUUUUACAAUUUUUGUUCUUUUUGACCAUUCAUUCUGGUAUAUUUAUCAACUACUGCCACACAAGUUUAUCCCAUUUAUAACAUCUAUGUAUCAUUCUGGUGUCUUUUGUCAUGUAUUAUGAGGGGGGUCCUUUACAGGGUGACAGGGUGGGAAAAACUCCUGGAAGAAAAUUCUAAUGUGAAGUAUUGCUGAAUAAAAAGGCAAGGAUAAUAGAUCCUG